AUGCAAAGCCCUCAUCCCCCUCGAUUCCUUGUCCGCAACCUCAGUUACAACUUCGCAGAUGGCGCUGUUGGCCUGACUGAUGUCUCUUUCGAUCUCCCUAGCGGCAGUCGAACCCUAUUAAUUGGCGCCAACGGUGCCGGAAAAUCUACCCUUCUCCGAGUCCUCUCCGGCAAACGUCUCGCACCCCACGGCACCGUCCAAAUCGGCGGGGUAGACCCUUUCACCACAGGUCUCGAAAGCGUAACCUACCUGGGCGUGGAAUGGGUUCUAAACCCAAUAGUCCACACGGACAUAGAUGUGCCCACUCUCCUAGCCUCCGUUGGCGGUGACGCCUACCCAGAUCGCCGCGACCAACUCAUUCAAAUCCUCGAUAUAGACCUCAACUGGCACAUGCACGCAGUCUCAGAUGGGGAACGCCGCCGUGUGCAACUUGCCAUGGGUCUUUUGCGGCCCUGGACCCUCCUCUUACUGGAUGAAAUCACGAUGGAUCUGGAUCUGUUGAGCCGGAGUGAGUUUCUGGGAUUUCUGAAGCGGGAGACGGAGGAGAGGGAGUGUACGAUUGUGUAUGCUACGCAUAUCUUGGAUAAUCUUUCCAGGUGGCCGACGCACUUGGUACACAUGCAUUUAGGUCGGGUGAUAGAUUGGGGUCCCGUUGAGAAAUUUCAGGUGGGCAGGCUGGCUUCGCCGUCGGAGGAUAGUCGGUUGGGGGAGGUGGUGUUGGAGUGGUUGAAGAGGGAUUUGAGGGAGCGAGGACCGCGCCCAGGUCUACCAGGAGAGGGAAAGAAGAUCGCGGUUGAAUUCUGA